AUGAUCUCUUGUUUUAAGGUAUCUGUGGCAUCUCCGGCUCUGGCUGCUCUGUCCCUCCGACCAAUGGGAUCCGACAGCCUUGGAGUCAUAAACUGCUCCCCUUCACAGGAGCUGCAGGACUGGCGACCAUAUUCGGAGAAAGAGAUGGGAACAACGAGCAGGAAUAAACCCAGGCCGCCCGCAGAGGAGCAAAGGGCCUCCAAACACGGGCUGCCAGCGCAACUCACUGAGCUAAAUGGCAUCACGAUAUGAUGCAAUGUCCAGGAUUACAUUUGGCACAAGGGUGCCCGCUGCGAGUCGGUGGUGACGGAGUUCCAGGUGAUGUGUCUGGCCGUGGGCGCCUCGGCUCUGGUGGUCCUGCUGCUCUUCAUGAUCGUCGUCUGCUUUGCCAAGAAGCUCCAUGUGCUCAAAACAGAGAACAAGAAGUUGCGCAAGCGCAGCAGUAAGUACCGGCCUACAUCGGAGCAGCACAAUGAUAAUUUCUCGCUGUCCACCAUCGCUGAGGGCUCCCACCCAAAUGUAAGGAAACUGUGCGACACCCCUCCUAACGUCCCUCAUGCCCGUGCAUUGGCUUACUAUGAUAACAUUAUCUGUCAGAAAACCAUGAGCAGAUACACCUGGGAGUGUAAGACCAAAGAGGAGUCCGACUGUGAGGAUGAUCCCAACUCCCAGAACAAGCUGGAGGACCCGGUGAAGGCCCCCCCCAAGGAGGAUGACUCCCUCAACAUCCACAACUCUCUGACCCCCAAACACGAGAACCACAAGGUCCUGGGCGAGGAGAACUCCUCGGAGGUAAACUCACUGCAGAACAACAUGAUGUGAAACGAAAAAAAAACAAAACAAACGCAAAACUACCCCCGGCAACCUGGCAACACAACACAGAGUGCGCCUAACCAACCAACCAGCCAGCCUCCAACCUACCAGCCAACCGACACAAACUGCAACCUUCUCCCGACACGGCAACACUGCCACAAGCAGCCCCGGGUUGCUGCAACAAAAAAAAUGUGUACACCACCACCACAACUACCACCACCACCUCCGCCAUCACUGCCCCAGCUUAAAGUAACUCCGCCCCCUUCCAGUUUCCCCUCCUUACAUGCUACCCCGCCCUGUUUUGCAGCCCCGCCCCUUCCUCGUUGCUGUCACUAGACCUUUUUUCUUUCUUACUUUCACACAACAGACAUGAAAAGCAUACACAUACUGUGAAAAGAUGAAGACAAAAUCACGCUUAAAUGUAUACACACACAGACACAGACACACAC